AUGUUUGGUGCAGGACGCCGCCGUCGUCAGAACCGUUCCUGUCCGAACAAGUACGACAGACAAGUCUCCAAUGCCUUGAAGCGUUCCGACCAGUUCAUCAUACAAAAACUUCUGAGAAGUGCCGAAUACAAUCGUACGAUUGCAUAUGAAGAUGAUUCCGGGUUUCCUACAGCUCCAGUGAAUGAUUUGUUCCCUUACUCGGCUUUCCUCGUCACAAGAGACGACGUGUGGCAUGUUGACAUCAUUGCCCUCGUGCCGACGGACUAUGGAAGACUCAGCAAGAUACAAAAGAAGACUGCCUGCUACGUUGACGUCAAAACGUUCACGUUUUCAACAACCAUCGCGUUCAAUAUCGUGGCUGAACACAUGGCACCACACUACAGUACCGCCUUCGUUUCUUGCCGUUACCCACCACGCGAAAAGUUUAUUCCAGUGAGGGUUGCAUUGGGGACAACGGGAACGAGGAAAGAUUUUGGAUGGUUGAGAGUGCAUAAUACCAACAAGACCAUGCGUAAUGACCAAAAGUCUCUACUCACCUUGUGUGUUGGACCUGUCUAUGGCGGCUAUAACAAACUGUCUCAGAUAGUAGAGUUCUUUGCCUAUUACAGCAUCAUGGGAGUCGAGCACUAUCGCGUCUAUCUCGGCAAUGCUUCCAGCGAAGUAGAGACACUUCUAAACGUUAUAAAGCUACGCGGAAAUUUGAGCGUCAGCUUUCAUUUGUGGAAUGUUGACACGAACAGCACGCGGGUCGCUCUUCAUGGGCAAAUGGCUGCCAUACAGGACUGUAUAUACCGAUCUAAAGAAUCCUCUGAAUACACCGUGCACGCCGACUUUGACGAGUAUCUUGUUCCGAGCAACAGUAGCACACUAGCAGAUUUGGUUAUCAAGUUUGAAAAAGCCACAGGGAGAGGCAAGUUGGCUAGCUUGGUUGCUCAAAAUUGGUUUUUCUGUUUCGAAUACCCGCCCGUUCAGUCCGCUCUUUGGCACACACCACUGAUGCUGAGUCGCGCACUUAUCGCUCGGGAGCGCACGCCGUGGGAGCCUAACAUACGCUCCAAGUACAUCGCCUCUACGAGCACAACUAUCGUGGGGGGCGUGCACCGUGUUGCAGAGGCGGCGAAUGGAAGCGUGCAUGUGCACUUGCCCGUGAAUAGCCUGGUUGUCAAUCACUACAGGCGGUGCUGUGGACUCGUCAACGAGAACGCCCAGCAAGCUCUGGUACCUGACGAGCCCGAACAGGCUGACAUCGUUCGGGACUAUGGCGUCUACAUGCUUGGGAUGCACAUGUUAACUUCACCUGUGAUGCAAGCCGUAGAAAAACUGGGGUAG